AUGCCGGAUUGGAUGCGAAGAGUAACCGAUGAUUAUAAGGAGGAAGAUGUAUGCGGAGUUCGCCAAUGGGGACUGCACCUUCUAGAGAAGCAGGGUCGUGCUGCCGUGUGGGCGGUGAGCGCGGAGCUGGGCGUGCGCGCUCCCGGCGUGGCCGCGCUGGCCUGUCGCCUCAUGGAGCGCUACCUCUACAGCCAGAUGCGGCGCUUCGAACUCCACCAGAUCCAGCGAUUUCAGCAGGGAUUGCGAUCAAGAAUACCCGCGUUAAUAGCUUCAUGCGUGCAAAUAGCCGCUAAGAGUAACUCGGCCGCCAUCUCCCUGUCUGCCUCGCACGUAUGCAGCUACCUAUUCCGGCAAGGAGUCCAUCACUCCGUGAAAGAUGUCGUCACGUGGGAAUAUCACGUGUUUCAAACUAUCGGUUACCGCGUGCCGCUGUGGACGAGCGUGGAGGUGGCCGAGCUGCUGGCGGUGCAGGCGCGGCUGCCGUCCACGCUGCUGGAACCGCUGGGCAUCGUCGUCAAUCUGGCCGAGUACAAGCGCGACCGGCUCGACCGGCGCGUGCGUUGGGUCGCCAACGUUUCACCUCACAGUUCGAACUCGUCGAGCUGCGACGAGGCGAGCGCGCGGCCGCUGACCGUGCGGACGGCGCACCUCGCCGCGGGCGCCGUGGCCGCCUGCGCGCGCUACUUCGGCCGCUCCCGCCCCACGCUGGAGCUUCACCUCGCCUCAUACAUCAAUGUACCUCCCUCUUAUGUCGAAUGCUUGAGGGAUUCUAUAUUGACUGAGGCUAUCAUCGAAGAUACCCAUGAUGUUUGCAAACGAAGAAGGUCUUUGAGGGACUCUAUUUUAGCAGACACCAUUAUAGACGACUCCUAUGAUGGUUGCAAGCGGAGAAGAUAUGAAUAGUCGCUCCGGCAGAA